UUAGUACCUUGCUACACUACCACUCAUUUUUGUUUGUCUCCUCCCUUCCAAAUGAUCAGAGUUGUGAUGAAGGUGUGACUAAGACUAAGAAUGCCUGGAGCUUAUACAUUAUUACUGAAAAAACUAAAAAGUUACUUGAUUCACCUUUUGUCAUACUUUGUAAGUACACCUGCAAUGCAGCCCAAUACAAUCUGUCUUUGUGGAGUUUUCCUGGAAUCUGCUUUGUGAGUUCAUUUAGUUAUUUUGAAGAUACUGAAUUCUAAAUUUUUCGAACAUUUUCUUCUGAUUAAACUGCAAUCACAAGAUAUCAUAAGUGUCAAAAUGAGUGAUGCCUCAGAAGGGGAUAACACAAGUCCACAGACAGUUUGUGUUUCUUUAAAAAAAACCUCCAGGAGCCAUUUCUGCUCUACACUUAAGAUGUUUAUUUUAUCCCUGGCUUUUACAUAUUUUACCAAGACUUUGUCAGGCACCUACAUGAAGAGUGCCAUUACUCAAAUAGAAAGAAGGUUUGACCUAUCCAGCACUCACAUGGGUAUCAUUGAUGGCAGUUUUGAGAUGGGCAAUCUGCUCUUUUUGGCUUUUGUAAGCUAUUAUGGGGCAAAACUGCACAGACCCAAGCUGAUAGGAUGUGGGUGUUUCCUGAUGAGUCUUGGAUGUGUCAUCACUGGGCUGCCUCAUUUCUUCAUGGGACGGUACAGGUAUGACACAAUCAUACCAGACUCUGUGAAUCAAACUGUCAAUGUUGUUGCCUGUCAAGAUCUAAGAAUGCAAAGCAAUUCCCCGAGCAUACGCCUAGAGCAUUCACAGGAUUUCAAAGCAGGCUAUCUGAAAGAACCUGGAUCUAACAUGUGGGUUUUCUUAUUCCUGGGAAAUGCCCUUCGAGGAAUUGGAGAAACACCGCUCAUGCCACUGGGGAUCACAUAUAUUGAUGACUUUGCACGAGCAGAGAACUCUGCAUUUUACAUAGCAUGCCUCCAAGCCAUAGCACUGAUGGGUCCCGUGUUUGGCUACUUGCUGGGCUCCUUUUGUGCCCGAAUGUAUGUUGAUGUUGGAUUUGUUGACACUGCAACAGUGACUAUCACUUCAAAAGAUGCCCGGUGGGUGGGUGCCUGGUGGCUUGGUUUCUUAGUGUCUUCUGUCCUCAUGCUCCUGGCUGGCAUUCCGUUCUGUUUUUUUCCUCGCUCUUUACGAACAGAACACCACAGAGACCAGAAGCCGACUGCGUGCUCCUCUGCUCUUUUUAUGAAUACGGCUGAAACAGCAAAAGGCAACUGGCUUGUUAUCUUUGUCCCAGACCAUUUAUUCGGUUUCUUCUCCUCACUGAAGAAGCUUCUGAGCUCCCCUGUCUAUAUUCUUAUUCUCUGUGAACAAGUCUUGAUUUUUAGUUCUUUAAUUGGCUACUUUACCUUCAAGGCCAAAUACAUGGAGCAACAUUUUGGUGUGUCCUCCUCAAAAGCAAACCUCCUCAUUGGUUUAUUGAACCUCCCUAUAUCAUCUUUGGGGACAUUGUUGGGUGGAUUGUUGAUGAAGAAAUACAAGUUGGGUCUGCUAUCAACAGCCUGGGUUUCAUUCCUCACCACUGUUGUGGCCUUACUUCUACUGUUUCUACAGUUUAUGAAUAAGUGUGACAACAUACGCCUGGCCGGUCUUACCAUCUCUUAUAAUGGCACACCAGAGAUUUUUUAUGACGAACAAACACUGUUCUCACAGUGUAACCAGAACUGUUCAUGCUCUGUAGCAACUUGGGAUCCAGUGUGUUUUGAUGAUGGCAUUACAUACAUGUCUCCCUGUCUGGCAGGAUGUACAAGCUUCACAGGACAAGGAAAAAAUAAGAUCUUCCACAACUGCAGUUGUGUGUUGGCCCUGUCACCAGUAGAGGGCAACACAUCAGUGUCUCUUGGGCAGUGUCCUCACACACCAGAUUGCGGUCGCAGUUUGACCUCAUUUAUGGUCAUAUUUGGUGUCAGCUCUUUUGUUAAAGCCCUGGGAAUAACACCUUUGAUCAUGCUCAUGAUAAGGAGCAUCUAUCCAGAGCUGAAGUCACUGGCAAUUGGCAUUCACGCUCUAGCAAUAAGAGCUUUGGCUGGUAUUCCAUCUCCAGUGUAUUAUGGAUCUGUGAUUGACUCUACCUGUUUGAAAUGGAGUAUGAAUAGUUGGGGAAACAGAGGGACUUGCCGCUUCUAUGAAACAAGCAUGUACAGAAUUGUCUUCUUGAGCCUGAUGACAGGUUUAUAUGGCUUCACUAUGUUGUUUGACCUUGCCAUCCUUGUGCUGUUAAGAAAUCAAUCCAAUCAUGAACCAACGGUAGCAGCACAAGACCUGAGGCAGACAAACCAGGAUGAAGUUGAGCUACGGAACCUAAAUGAACAUAGUAUGGAAUGUUCAACAUUCAACACGCCAGAGCCGCAAGCAGCUUUAGUAAAAACAGAAAAGAUGUGUAAUGAUGAUUAGAUGGUGGUUGCAUGAAAGAAACAUGAUUCAGGAUACAGAACACAGUUAAAAAAAAUUUGUAUAUUGCAAUAAAAUAUUUUGCAAUGUUAUUAUUUUUUUAAUUCAGAAAAGAUGUCUGUAAUUUUAACUGCUUUAACGGUUUUACAGUUUUUAUUUAUUUUUUUUAUUUUUUAUCUAAUCACAAAAGUGAAGCACACUUCAGCUACAGCUCAAUUAUAUUCCAGCAUCUCUUUUGCUGCACCAAGCUAAAUUACUUUUCUAAUUUAAUAAAAUGAUCUGGUGUCAAUA